GAAACCGCAGGCAGCCACAUUGCUCUCUUGAGUCACCCAGUACUUUCAGACACACUCUCACACUUAUCAGUCUCUCUCCUCCACACACACAUGCACACACACUCCACAGCCCGGCAGCUCGCUCAGACAGCACACUCCAGGAUGACAGUGUACUGAGACGCAGCACGGCUCUGUCAUCAGUUUGGUAAAAAAUCAACUUCAAUCAUGCCCAUUUUGAAAAAGCUCCCUGGAAGAUCCAAGAGCUGCCAAGAGUUCCCCCGGGUGAACGGAGAACUGAUCCUGCCCCGGCUGGACCUGGACCUGAGAGACUUGAAUGAUCUGAACGACCUGAAUGAGCUGAACGACCUGAAGGAUCUGAACAAGAGUCUGAACCCCUUUGAGGAUGUGGACCUGGACGAAGACGGGAGGAAUGAAGGUGAUGUGGGACUCAUCAUGGGGGAGGUCAGAGGUAACCUCCAGCUCAGGUCGCCCCGCGACGGAGAGGAGGAGGAGAACGAGGUGAAUGCGGAGAGGCACGGAGCAGGGAAUCCUAAAGGGAAGCCGCUCAGGGGGACGUUGGAGCGGAUCUGUGGAGUGUCACCGCUGAAAACCCUCGGAAAACUUGGCAAGGGGCUUCGCAUAUCAGGACGAAAUGUGUGGGGCAACAACUCCCCCCACUACAACUCCGGAGACUCAAAUACUCUCCCGGCAGAAAAGGAAAAAAGGAAAGGACUUCGCAGAAGCUCCGAGGGGAUAAUGACCCUGCUCCGCUUCACAGGUCGGCGUAAGGAGGACCGCAGAGAAAGUCUUCCUUGCGGGGAUCUGAGCGCAGUCAGCGAGGUGGAGGGAUCCAGGCGACCCUCCUUCCUCAGGAUAGUCAGCCUGGGCAAGCUCAAAAGAGAAUCCAUGUCGGAUAAGGCAUCCCAAGAGGCAGAGGAGGAAACAGAGGAAGAGGAACCAGUGGUCAAAACCAGAGAGCCGCUCUCAGUUCUGGAGAUCCUGCAGCUGGUCAACCACAGAGACCUCCUCCUGGCGGACACGCACAUGCAGGAGCUGGAGCGGGAGUGCGAGCUGCUGUCUCUGAUGCCGACGGCCACUCCUCCCUCCCUCACGCCCGCCAUGAGUCCCAGCACGCCGCCUGGUCUGAGCCCGUUCUCCUCCUGCUCUCUGGACGAGGCCCUCAGCUCCAACGCCACGCUGGACUCCGGCAGGAGGAAGGCCAAGGACGUGGAGCUCCUGUAUGAAGCCCUGCAGAAGGAGAUGUGGGACGUGGUGCGAGAGUCCCUCCGCCAGCCCAGCGCUGGCCCCAACCUCGGCCUGGUGGUGCUGGUGAUCCAGCAGGAGGAGCAUGCCGAUGCGGCCUGGGCUUUGCGGGAGGACACGAAGCCAGAGCGAGAGAUUCCACACGUGCAGCCCAGCCAGCGUCCGCGGCGGCUGAAGGCCAAGUGGAGGCAGGCGGUGGCGGAGGCUGCGGACUGGAGCCUGCCUCACCAGGUGGACACCCAGGCGGGCCAGCUGGCCUCGUACCUGGAGCGGCUCAGGUGUCGGAUGGUGGACGACCUGGACGCAGCCAGGAGGAACGCUGUCUCCAUUUACCCAGAGGAGUUCGCCGCCUUCCAGGUGUACGUGGAAAGUUACCAUCGAGCCGUGGGCAAGCGCCUUCGGACCAUCACCGGCGGGCCCCUGCAGAUCACAGACGUCUACUCGCUGCUGGACUGGUUCUACAACAUCUACAGCAGGGACGUCCUGGGAAUAAUUGGCACUACCUCUCCCAUUAACUACUCCACUCUGGACCCUAUACUGUCCCAAGAGACCGUGGACAGGCUGGAGGAGGACUGCAUCAGCAUAGUCAGGGAUAAAGUAACAACGGAGCUGAUCCAGAUUCUGGAUGAAGAGGAGAGACGAUGGGCUCAGACUCUGCACAUAGAAGAGUAUCAGUCGCAGCUAGCGCGCUCCGUGAUUCAGAGGCUGAAGGUGGAUUUGGACAGAUCCACAUCUGUGAGCCAGUUUCUGGGUGCAAGAGUGGCUCGCUGUAGUCUCAUUGGGUUGGCGAACUUCCUUUACAAUUUCCAGAGGAAGGCCGAGAUGUUUCAUGAGACUCAGGCAGAAUUUGGAGACAGAGGUGAUGGAUACGUUUCCAGGACCAUAGCUCUGGUCAACUGCUGCCCCCCUCUCAGGUCCUUUGUGGAGCGAUGCAGACUGUGUGAUCCACAGGGCAGCGAGGAGUCGGCGCAGAGAGCCAACGCCUCGCUGGACAGGAUCAUAAACCAGUCAGUGAGGGUGCUGACCGACCGACUCUUUGAGCACAUCAGGCCUUUCUUUGACAAACUCAUUAAGAGGAAAUGGCUGAACAACACGGAGGCCUUUGACUCCAUCGAAGCCGGCAUUAAACAACAUUUUAAGAAGUUUAAAAGGAUGGAUCCUCCACCGUAUCAGACGCUGGUUGGUGAGGUGCACAGGCGGGUCCUAGUGGAGUAUGUCCGAGCCAUCAUGCGAGGAAGGCUUAUUUGCACAUCCUCCAAGAUGAGGAAGAGGAUGGCCUUCCGCCUGCAAGACGAGGCCAAACAGCUGAAAGGACUUUUUAGGGAUCUGGAAUCAAACUCCUCCUGGUUGGACAGCAUCAUCUGCCACCUGGCUGACAUCAUUCUGCUGGAAGACACUCCAUCUAUCCAGAUGGAGGUGGCUGUCUUAGUGAAAGAGUUCCCAGAUAUAAGGAAGAAGCACGUCUCCACCCUGCUGAAUGUGCGCGGGAUGAUGCGGCAGGCGGAGCGACAGGAGAUCCUCAACAUCGUCAAAGACUUUGAAUGCAGCAGCGUCCUGAUGUGCCGGGACCACGCCGUCUUUUCCGACAUCCCCAUCACGUCCGAGGUGCACUGCAUCAACCUGGGCUUCCUGCGGCUGGCCAUGACCAUCUCUAACUGGUUCUCGGAGCACCGGCCCAGGCGGAACCACAGCAAAAGCGCCAGAGACGCGGCGCCUCAGCCCGCCGAGACCUCCGAAGACUCCAGUAAGCUUCACAAAGAAGACUAGGUGCCUGAACGGAGCGGUCGCAGACACACUGUGAACAUGCUGAUGUACACGCACCUUGACCCAAAAGUGAUACAACUGAUACCAAAUAUUGUUACCAGCCGCUUAGAGAAACUUGACCUCAGGUACUGCUUGUACUGCACAUGCUCACUGACGGUUUUUCCCAUCCACGCAGAUGCAUUUCGGAAAUGUGAAACAGACCAUGAAAUGCACGAUUUGUCCCAAUGCGUACAGAGAAGUGUUCAAGUGGUGUAAAAUAAUGUCACAAUAUAUCUCUUUUUAAUGUUCUUUUUUGUGCACAAUACUGCCGAAAAAUAACUGAUAGAAGAUGCAACAGAAGAAGAUACACAGCUUAUCUACCCAAUCACACUGUAUAUCCGCAAUCUUUGGUAUGUAGUGCACAUGUAUGGCUCUGUUCAAAGGUUACAGGCGUGUUUAGAUUCCAGUCCGCGACACAAUGCCAGCUUACACACAAUCUUCCCUGAGCUCAGUCCACAGCACGACACUCAGCUGGAGAACCACGAAGAACUGUGUUCAGCGUGAAAAAGAAAGACGAGUCCUGCAAGAGAUGGGCUGGCCCCCUCAGAGCCACCGUGGAUACAAAUGAGACUUCACAUAGAUGAAGGGAAAGCUCAAACCGACAGGAGGUUUUGAAGAACCGAUGUAUCGACGAGACUUGGUGCUCUUUUAAAGGAAGGAUUGAUUUAAUUUACUUUUUUUUUUAUUAUUUACUGCACCUUGCCUGAAGUUAAUUGAUGAAUAAAAACUAUUACUUGCUUUAUUACUUGCUUUCUUCUUCAGAGCACCCUCACUUUGCAUCGGUGCCUACAAAUGAGUUGAACUCUCACUGUGAAAUGGAUCCAUUGCUG